UUGGGCGAUUGCUACCGCGACGGCGACCUCGGCUUUGUGAAAUCCGCGAAGAAGGCCGCGAAGAUUUACAAGCGCGCCGUGGAGCUCGGGAACGUGGACGCGAUGGUGAAUCUCGGAUUUCUCUUGGAGACCGGAGACGGCGUCAAGCUUGAUGUCAGGAAGGCGAACCAGCUAUACAAGAUGGCUGCCGAGCUGGGCGACGCGACGGCGCAGUACAACCUCGGGAACAACAAUGCCCGCGCCGGCAAUUUUGAUGCGGCAUUCUCUUACUUCAAAUCGUCCGCGAGUCAAGGUUAUUUCAACGCUUUCUACGGUCUCGGCAAGUGCCUCGAAAACGGCUACGGCGUGGACCGAGACCUCGACGAAGCCAAGCGCUGGUACGCGCGCGUGGCCGCCAAGGGCGACGAGGAGGCCAUAGCUGCGCUCGAGCGGCUUAACCGGUAA